AUGCCUGCUGUCUCUCCGAUGCCAAAGCCGACCCCAUUAGAGGAGCUUGGCAGCAGUCCCAUGACCAUGCAAAGCGCCCCGCAGAUAGCUGUGACUCCUCAUAGGGCCAAUCUCACCAUUAAUCCUCGUCAAUUCCAAGCGUUCGAUGCCAAGGGCCCGUGGGCGUCCAUGUUGCAGGCUCGUGGUGGGAACCCUACCCCUACGUCAUCGGGGGCUUUCCCUGCUGGCUCAUGUCAACCCCCCAGAGGACAAUUCGAACCUUUUAAGUGUGGCACUCCUCUUGGCCGACCGGUGGUACGUCGAGCCACUGAAGUGGUCCCGGCAUUCAGGCCUGGGUAUCAGUUUGGGGGGAGGCCACCUAUGGCGUCGUCGUUGCAGAAUACACCUCGGGUUCAUCGGGACUACAAUCCUGUGUUCUUCUCCCCUCAACCUCCCCCGCCGAGACAGGUGACCAUGUCCCACCAGCCGGCUGGCCUGUCGAUCCCUCCAUCGCCUCAAGUCGAGACCAGGACCAACAGGUGGCCUUUCUACUCUGCAGGGACUGAGGGCAAGGGGAAUAUGUUGUUUCCAUCUGCCGGGGCUACGGCCGUUUCACGGGAGGCUACCGCGCCGGGCCGACAGUUCUUCACGGCGCCUCUGGCCCCGAAUACGCAGUUCCCGGGGUUCGGCCCACCCCCGAAAGAGCUUGAGGGUCGUGUUGUCAGAAGGAUCAGAAUUGGCAUUGACGGGACGGUGAAGUCUAUCGAGGAUCUCACCGACCGUGACGAUACCCGACCGGCCGACGUUGCUGAGGCUCCAGCAGUCACCAGGACUGUCACAGCUAGUGUCACGAGUACUCCACAAGAUAACGGCGUGAGCGCCUCCGCCCAGGUUGAGUCGGUUGUUGUUACUUCGGUGGAUGUGGGAAGCAAGCCUCCCCUGGCGCCGAGGUUCCAACCACAGACCAAACAGCUCCGGACCAGUCUUACGACCACUACCGUCAACAGGGCAGCCUCGGCCCACCGCACUCGAGUCCAGGCGAGGAUUUGGGGGCCGGUAGCGGGCUCCAAGGUCGACCUCCCGACGGUCGCUGCUGGUCAGAAUAAAGUCACCACAGUUGAGCUAGAAGCUCUCAAGAGGGUUUUCGCGUGGAUCGACACCAAGAAGGACGACAUCCUCGAUUACGAAGAGAUCAUAUCGGCCUUCCACCGAGUCGGAUAUAAAAUUGCCAGAAUCGACGUGGAGCAGUUCAUCUGGGAAGUGGACGAUGACCUCGACGGUACGGUAUCAUGGGAUGAGUUCCUGGUCAUGUACCAACGUUGUGUGUUUGACAAGACGGGACUCGAGCCAAGAGGGCUGUUCAUUCUCGUUGAGUUCCUCAUGUACACCGCUGAGCUGUUGGAGUUUGAUAAGACGUUCAAGGGGGCGAUCGCUGUCGAGAACACCCUCGAGGUUCUGUUCGUACGUCACGGUCGCGAGAGGUUGGACGAUGAGAUCAAACAGAUCUUCGGCACGACCUCGAGUGAUGGUGUGGAGAUCGGGCAGGAGAGCACUAUCAAUUUUACGGAGUUCCAUGAUAAAAUGAACGAGAGGAUUAGAAUGCUGCGCAGUAGCCAGGGGAAGAUGGCCCAACAGGGCACCUCAGAGACUGUCGCACCCAGUGGGGGAAGGCCGACCCGAGCUGCCGCCAAGAGUGGCAGAAAGAAUCUCACUAAGUGA